AUGACGACCGUUGAAAGAUGGCAUGGGCAACUGCCAUCCCGCCUUAGAGGCGGCGAGGGAAGUUCAACCCAGGUGGCUACCCAAGAAAGCGCUGAUGUUGAAUGCCCGGAAGGCCUGAGGCACAAGUUAUCAAAUUGGCGAACUUCUGUUCCUUUCCGCUCACCUCCAACCAUCACAUCGAAACCUGCACAACAGGUAGAUCCCAAGACACCGCAGUAUGAGGAGUCGGAUUCCGGCAUCGGCAUCACCACGCCAUCAUCUCAAGAUCAUCAAAAUGAGCCGCCUAGCUUGGAACUGCCUGGAACUGAGCUUAGACAUUUUGACAGGCCUGUUUCUGACCGACUGAAAGCGCGCUUCUUCGAUAUCAAAGUCCUGUACACCCAACCACUACUGGACUACAUCCUCAAGAGGAAGAAGGACCCAGGAGAUAUUUCCAUGAAGCUGAAAUAUCUGGGACUCAGCUCACUAAGCGCCCAACUCCAUAUCGUCAUUCAAUGCGAAAGAAAGAUCGCCAAGCGAGUGAGGAAAUUCUUCGCGCAAGGUCAUGUUGAAGAAGAGCUUUUGCCCGAUUUUCGGGUCUUUGUGUUGGAAAAAGCACUCUUGCGACUGACUGACGAAGACUCGAUAGAGGUUCUAACGGACUCUAUGCCAGAGAGAACAUGGUGUGGAGCGCCCAUCAGACUGAGGCGAGGCAAUGUGUCUGCCGUGGCGACGUUCGGCGGCAUCAUCGUGGUUGAAACCGCUCACAAGCGUCUGGUUGGCUUGACGGCUGCCCAUUCUCUGAAGAAAUUACAUGACCCUCUCUCCAGUCAGCUCUCAACAAGUGAUACAGAAGUCCCCUUAUCUUCCUCAUCUUCGGAUGCUUCCGAGACCGAAAGCGACUCUGAUUGCGAUUCCACAUUCACGACUGAAAGCUCAAUGCAGCAUCCUGAGCACCUGGACGACAAGGGACUGAAUACCACUGCAUCUCAAAAUACCUUGGAAAUCGGCCACAUCCUUUGCAAUACAUUCAAUACACCGAUAGCACAGAACUACGACUGGGCUCUCAUCGAUUUGAGCCUACAAGCGACAUUACCCAAUAGAGUAGUCUUAGAUGGACAGUCCUCGUCAGACUUUGAGGGAAACGACCUUGAACCCAUCAUUUUUCCAGUUGGGAAUCCUUGCGUAUCAGUGUCUAGGAAAGUCAUGGUACUCAAACAAGGUGCCAAGCGUAUUGGAGAGAUGUCUCUUGACACUUCGUCUGUGCUGAUAUCCCCUGGAUCAUCGUUCGUUGAGGUCUACGAUCUUGCCAUGGAGCCUGGCUCUUCGCUGAGUUCCGGCGACUCCGGCUCAUGGGUAGUUGAUGCGAAGACUUCCGUAUUAUAUGGCCAUAUUGUUUCGACUGAUGCCUUUGGAGAGGCUCAAGUGAUGCCUAUUCGUUCGACUCUUGACAGUAUUAGGAUACAUUUGAAUGCCGCACGAGUAUUCCUGCCCAAUAGUGAUGAGAUACGACUGUUGCAGGAGGAGUCGAGGGGUCACGUACCAGCCAACCUUGAAGUCUCACCGUUCGCCGAACCGUUCGAAAGGCAGGAAGUUACACAGGCAACUCACCUAGAAGAUAUGAAGGGAGGCCAAUCUGGAUCAUCCCUGCCUCGUACUGAAGCGUCUGUUGAGUCUUCGUCUAAGCGCGCAGUCUUUCGACAGGAUCUUGUUGCACAGAGCCUCGAGAUCGCUCGUGAAAGUCCUGACGGGGCUUCUUAUCCUUCUAUCAGAGAGAUCCUUGAAUCUGCACUAGAAGAAAUAUGGACCAAGGUACAGGAUCAGCCCGACUCAUAUAUUAUGACGAGAGAUGAGUUCGCCGUCUUCAACUUUUUCCAGCACCGCUUUGCCGGUGAUAAGAUGGCAAUGACUGCUCGAAAGAGAUACUGGCGAGCAGCAGCACUUAUGGACUCUUCGGACUCUUCCGACUCUACCAAGGCCGAGAGUGGCGAUCUCGCUCAGAUCGACGUCAUUCGUGAAUUGGUUCAGGCCUCAUACCGCCGCAUCGGUACAUAUGGCCCAGGUUUCACCAAUGUGGCAACCAAAUUGUACAAACUUGAAAUGACUCUCCGACGGUUGCGAGACGAAGUCGCCGAGGAACAAGAAGAGUUGCCUGUGCACAUCCAGCAAUCCUACACAAAUCAUCUCCAUUCACUGGUCGAAGAUUGGGAUUUUGCCAUGAAGCGAGUCAACUCUUUACUCGAUACCUAUCAUGAGGAGCGGAUAAGUCUUCCAGGAGAGGAGGCUUCUAAGAACGGUGAACUAAAGCCUAUAGAGCCGGUCUUAGCUGGCAAAAGGAUGGCUAUCGAGUUCCUGUUAGACUCAAUCCAGUUACAAAAGCCUCAGAUUUAUGAUCAACACCAGUCUGACCUUGAAGAAAUUAAGGACAAGGUCGACCAUAUUGCUGCUCACCUUUUUGCCCACUGGAAUGCUGGGUCUCUUUCAGGAGAGAAUGAUGAUUUAUGGCGACAUUUCCAGAAACUGCUGGAGAAAGAAGGAUUUUCGUCUCAAGUCCUAAGCAAAAAGAAAGAUAUCCUCAUGGCAUAUAUCAACGACCUUGGAUAUAUUGCCGAUACUGCAGCCAACAAACUCUCCCAUUCUCGCAACCCACUCGACAAGCCUCUGGAAGAUGUCCCCCACAAUGAAAAGAAGACAGAUGGGGAAAAUAAGUUCGAUACAAGUAUACGAAUUGAUCUCAUUACAACAGAGGACCUUUUUGCUUCACACAAUGAUGAUUCGGUCAUUCAACAGAUCGAGCGUAGGCUCGCACCAAACGAACCAAACGCUCUACAACAGACCCUAUCAUCACCAGGUCGGUCAACGAAAGCCUCUCACCUAGCCAAGGACCCAUCACCCAACAAUUUCUCGUCUCUAUCCACAUACAGGGGCAAGAAUGGAAUGCGCGGUCCUGCUCAACCCUCUGGACUUGUGAACCCAGAUCAAUACGGUAGAGCAAUAGCUGAUAAUGCCCAAUGGACGAAGAUAUCACGCAAACUUGUCAGUGUCGAGGUACUUCAACGAGCGGGUGUGCGAUACGAAGCAAGACCAGAUUAUGUGGCCAUACUUGGUGUUUUGUCCAGGGAGGAAGUGGCAAAACUCGUUCGCGACAGUGAAGCGAAAAUAACCUCCCGUGCUCCACCUCCGUAUCCUGAAGUGACAACUCUUUCCAGACAGUCACUUUUUGAGUUUCCAUAUUGCGGUAACGAAGAUGUACUCGUUGUUCCUGUGUAUGAAGUCAAUGACGAGGGUAGGCCAGUUGUUCGAUACCGUCGUAUGGGGACUAUCAAGACUCUCCAGAGCGAUGUCGCGUGGUAUUCCCCACACACCGAGGCUGAAAAGAGGCAAGAAAAGCCUGGAAGUAAACAGAAAGUUUUAUACGGAAGCCAAUUUAAUGGGGAUAUCAUACGCACGAAACGCAACUCUCACCGGGAAAAGGAAGGUCGGGGUGUGCUUCAGCACACCGUAAGGUCGUAUGAUAAGGGUGGCCGAGGUGGUGUCGUUGGAAUCGGCAGUGCUGCAGUAAGCUUGCUCAGCGUGCUAUCUGAGGCUGCGUCAGCUAUAUAG